AUGUACGGUGAUCAGUACACUCCUCCUCUUCAAUCGCAUGGUUUCGAUCAUUCACGACGAUCACAAUCGUUUCCUUUCAAUGAUAAUUAUUAUAUCGAUAAUUUAUCCUAUAAUCCUUAUACAAGUACAUAUAGUUCGACUUUUUCGUCGUUUCCAUCUCGUCAACACUCUACCUAUCCAUCAUAUUUUGGAGCAUCGCAUCAUUCCAGUCAACAGAGUACUGAUGCUUAUACCUAUGACUACAAUAUGGCAGCGGCUGCUGCUGCAGCUGCAGCAGUAGCGUAUUCAGGACUUGAUUAUGCUACAAAUCACGGAAUAAGGUUGUUUCGCUCUCUACCACCUAAUGAUGAUUUUAUUGUAUUUGUUCUGUGCACAGGCAUGGCAGUGGAUAAAAUACGGUUUGGUAAACCUCCAAAGACAUCGAAAUCGUCAGCAUUUGAUAGUCUUUUUUCAACAAGUAUCAAAUUACAACCAAAUUCUAGUGAUUAUCGUUUAAUGCAAAAUUUAUUAGAAUGUUAUCAAUCAUUCGACGAUUUGACUACAAAUAACAAUCAUCCAUCUUCUUCUACAUCAUCAACUGAAACAAAAAUAGGAACACCGCCAAAUCAGACUGAGACUUCAUCAUCUUUAUCGAUCAUAUUUGAAUUCUGUCAUCGUUUAGCAAGCAUAAUUGUGCAUGAUCAUGAAAAAAUGGCAGCAACUUUAUUAUCUCGACUAAAACGUCAUGAAUCAGCAUUGAAAUUUUUAAUUACAGGCGAACCUGACAACGAUCGGCUUUCAUCUUGGGGCAAAGAACCGCAAGCAUGGUUAUUUGCAAAUCGAAAAGGCACUUCUGAUAUUAUCCAUUUUGUUCGUUUAGGUGGAGAACGAUGGAGGUUAAUCAUGAUUUUAUUGAUAUUGUCGUAUGAUGACGAUGAAAUUGGGGGUGGUCUAUUAUGCACAAAUUCGACAACACUAAGCGAUAACGAUUAUGAAUCAAAUGAAAAUUUAUCUCAAUAUGCUACCUUGAUUACUACGACUAACAGUGCAACCCGAUUAAAUGAACCAAAUAAAAUUUCACAUGUUGAUUCAAAAUCGUCAAAUUAUUCAUCGGAUAUAAAUCGUUUGACUUCUUCACUGAUCAGUAUGGAUGCGAAUAAUAUUUCACUAGAUCAUCAGCAACAAAAUUUACCAUUACUACAGCAACGAUCAAUAACUGAUGUUACGGACACAGUUAUUGAACGAGUUUUACGAUUGUUCGAGUUAGAAUAUGAUCAAGAAGUACAUAGUGCAUCUUCUCGUAUUAAUAAUUUAUCGGCAGAAGAAUCAAAAACAUAUACAAUUGCAAAUGAUGAACAUCUAAAACGAAUGAAAUCACAAUUUAUUUUACGAUUUAUUGAUAUGAUGGCCUCAUGCAAUACGACAUCGACGCAAAAUACGCUUUCUACUAACUAUGAUCUGACAAAUUAUUCGAAUCUUCGGCAUUCAUCACCAUACCAUCAGCAUGCGAAUUUUCAACAACAACAACCAUCAUUAAAUCAAUCACAUCAUACUCAGAAUCUCUCAUAUCAGGCUCAGACUCAAUUUCAUUUUUAA